AUGGAUUCUCUUGAGCUUCCUCAUGUCGCCGAUCGUCAUAAGUUUUAUUUGAGUUCUUGUGAAUCAGGCACUGGAAUUGAUAUCUCAGAUUCAAAUAUAUGUUCACGACAUUCAUCGUCAUCGUCAUCAUUUUCAUCAUCAAAUAUUGGUUUAUCAAGAACAAUAUCAUCCAUUCAUACAAAUAAUUUUUUGAAUGUACUUAAACGUUUACAUUGUAUGACACUUCGACGUCAAAAAAAUGGUCGAUAUCAAGCACUUUCAUCUUCAUUACACCUUUUCUUUAAAAAACCUCAACAUUCAUCACUAGAUCAAUUUUGUAAAUCAUCAUCUUAUCCACAAUUGAGAACAAUAAUAUUCAAUAAAGAAAAAUGUCCCAUAAUCAAAACAAGUAAAAGUGAUCAUCAAUUAUAUAUUAUCAAUGCAAAUAAAAAUAAACAAUCUAAUACUAAAACUAAUCAUUUUCAUACUCAAAAACUAUUAUCACGACUCACAAGAGCAUCGAUUAACACAGUUAGUGAAGAUAAUAAUACAAAUACAAUGAGUUCGUUCGAUUUACAUGCAAUACCACCCACAGUAUGUAUCACGGAUACACAUUCUUCAGCUACAUAUGCACAACAGAUUAUACCUAACGAUGUCAAACUUGACGAACAAAAUAGUAAUGAACGUGAAAUUGAAAUUACAAAUAUUACCAAAGAAGGAUGCGAUCGAGCCGAAUCAUCUCAAUUUGAACUCUUACAAACACUUGGUGCGGGUUCAUUUGGAAAAGUUUUUCUUGUUCGUAAAAUCGUGGGUCCCGACACAGGAACAUUGUAUGCAAUGAAAGUAUUGAAUAAAGCUAGUCUCAAAGUUCGUGAUCGUCAACGAACGAAAAUGGAACGAGAUAUACUUGCACACAUAUCGCAUCCAUUUAUUGUUAAACUUCAUUAUGCUUAUCAAACACAAGGCAAAGUUUAUUUGGUGCUCGAUUUUUUACGUGGUGGUGAUCUUUUUACACGUCUCUCUAAAGAAGUCAUGUUUACUGAACGAGAUGUUCAAUUUUAUUUAGCUGAAUUAGCUCUUGCACUUGAUCAUUUACAUUCAUUGGGUAUUGUAUAUCGUGAUUUAAAACCUGAAAAUAUUCUUCUUGAUUCUGAUGGUCAUAUUGCUUUGACGGAUUUCGGUUUAUCAAAAGAAUCUAUACCAACACAAGAUUCAAAAACAUUUUCAUUUUGUGGUACUGUUGAAUAUAUGGCACCAGAAAUUGUUUCACGUAAAGGACAUUCACAUGUUGCUGAUUGGUGGUCAUUUGGUGUACUUGCAUUUGAAAUGCUUACUGGACAUUUACCAUUUCAUGGUGCAACUCGUAAAGAUACGAUGAAUAUGAUAUUAAAAGCUAAAUUAGCUAUGCCAACAUAUCCAUCAGCAGAAGCACAAAGUUUAUUACGAAUGUUAUUUAAACGUAAUCCAGCUAAUCGAUUAGGUUCUGGACCAGAUGGUUUUCGUAAUAUACAAAAACAUCCAUUUUUUGCAUCGAUUGAUUGGGAUAAAUUAUAUAAAAAAGAAAUUGAACCGCCAUUUAUACCACCAAUUCAUAAUGACUAUGGAUAUUAUUUUGAUAAAGAAUUUACAUGUAAAACACCAACAGAUUCACCUGGUAUCCCACCAAGUGCAGAUGCUUAUAAUACAUUCCAAGGUUUUAGUUACAUUGCACCAGAUUUAAUACAUGCUCGUCAACAAGAUCCAGCUUAUGCCAAUGAAGUUGAACGACGUUUAAGAUCAAUAAACGGUGUUAAAACAACACCAUUCAAAGAUGAAUAUGAAUUAAAAGAAGCAUUAGGACGAGGAAAAACUUCAACUUGUUAUCGUUGUAUACAUAAACAAACAAAUGUUGAAUAUGCUGUUAAAAUAAUAAAAGAUGUACAUACGAAUGAUCCAUCAGAUGAAAUUGAAUUAUUAUUUUUUUAUAGACAAUUAACACAUAUUGUUCGAAUAAGAGAUGCUUUCUAUAAUGCACCUAUAGCUUAUAUAGUAACUGAAUUAAUGCGUGGUGGGGAAUUAUUUGAUAAAAUUUGUCAAGAAAAAUCUUUAUCUGAACGUGAAAGUGCAAAAAUAAUGUAUGUGAUUAUUAAAACAAUCGAACAAUUACAUAGAAAUUCCAUUGUACAUCGUGACCUUCAACCACGUAAUAUAAUGUAUCUUGAUAAAAGUCGUCGACCAUCUUCAUUACGUAUUGUUGAUUUUGGUUUUGCAAAACAACAACGCGCCGAAAAUGGUUUAUUAAUGACACCAUGUUUCACAAAAGAAUACGCUGCACCUGAAGUUUUAUCAAGGAAAAAAUACAAUGAAUCUUGUGAUAUCUGGAGUCUUGGAGUUCUUUUAUAUACUCUAUUAUCUGGUAAUACACCAUUUGCAGUUGAUCGAAAUGAUUCUCAUGAACUUAUUCUUGCUCGUACUUCUCUUAAAUUACAAUUUACUGGACCAACAUGGGACAGAGUUACAUAUAAUGCUAAAGCACUAGUAAGCGCCAUGCUUGAUGUUGAUCCACAGAAGAGGCCAACUGCACUUGAACUUUGUAAACAUCCAUGGUUCUCUAAUAUUGAUAGUUUACCUAAUGUAAAAUUAGCUACUAUUCAAGAUUAUAAUCGUGUCCGACAUAAUCUUGAUGCUACGUUUAAUGCCAUUAAUGCUAAUUCAAAUAAAACAUUAGCACUUGGUCCAAUUGGUGAUUCAAAUUUAUUCAAACGUCGUACUGAAAGAACUCUUCAUCAACAAAAACUUGAAAAAGUAAAAUAA